UUCUUACGGAGGGAUAAAUAGGGGGUGGUUCACAAGUCGAUAUCUUUAAUUGCUCCUGGGUUGUAUCAAUACCUACCGGUUUUACUGCUCCAUCACGAGCCACUGGGAACGGGUUGCCCGGGAAACGGCCGCAUGGCAACAGGAUCAGAGCCUGGGGGUUGUCUGCUUCUAGGUCUGCUCCCAUUUUACAUCGCAUUUCCUCACUAGAUGGUGUGCAAGCCACUGGAGAGAACACUUCCCCACACAGCGAGCUGUACAUCCAGCUAAACAAACCUGGGAAACUAUAAACCACGGAGCGUUUCUUCACGGGGUUCCGAGGCGGAAAAGUCUGGAGUUAAAGCCGUCUGUCGCUUUUCUCUUUCUUUAAAAAAAAAAAAAAAAUUAAAAAAAAGAAGACGCUUUUUUGGGCAACAACUUGGGAGAGGAAAAAGAGCGACCACUAAACAGCUGUGAUGGACAUAAUGAUUGCGGUGCAGGAUGCUUGUGUCUCUGGUCAGUGGCUUACUGCGAUCAUUUUCAGCCUGUGCUGCUUUCUGCCGUCCUGUUUGCCAGCCGGACAAACUGUGGACUAUUCUUCGGUGGAGAAUGUAGUGAGCAGACAAGGCGACACGGCUCUGCUGAGGUGCUACCUGUUGGAUGGGAUCUCUAAAGGAGCCUGGCUGAACCGCUCAAGCAUCAUUUUCGCAGGGGACGACAAGUGGUCUGUGGACCCACGUGUGUCCAUAGUGUCCAGUGUUGGAGACAAACACGAGUACAGCCUUCAGAUACAGAAAGUGGAUGUUACUGAUGACGGCCAAUACACGUGUUCGAUUCAGAGCGAACGCAACCCACGGCCGAAGCUACUCAACCUCAUCGUAAAAGUUCCACCUAAGAUAUAUGACAUUUCCUCUGACAUCACAGUAAAUGAGGGCAGUAAUGUGUCGCUCAUCUGCACGGCCACUGGGAAACCUGAGCCAGCCAUUGCCUGGAGACACAUAACCCCAUUAGCCAGGAAGUAUGACAGCAGCGAAUAUCUUAACAUCACCGGCAUCACAAGGGACCAGGCUGGAGACUACGAAUGCAGUGCUUUAAAUGACAUUGCCUCUCCUGACACCAAAACAGUAAAAGUCACAGUCAACUUUCCACCGGACAUCCAUGAAAUGAAGAGCCACGGAGUUGGCUUGGGGCGCACAGCACUGCUGCGGUGCGAAGCUGCUGCUGUGCCUUCUCCAACCUUUGAGUGGUACAAGGGUGAGAAAAGGAUCAUUAGGGGACACGGUAUCGACAUCAAGAACGUCAGCUCCAGAUCAGUCCUCACAGUGACCAACAUGACAGAGGAUCGUUACGGGAACUACACGUGCGUCGCCAUCAACAAGCUGGGGAGGGCCAACGCCAGCGUGCCUCUUAUUCCAAUUAUUGAGCCCACCACCACUAGUGCUGUCUCAAGCCCAGCACCCAACACUGCACCCUAUGGGAGCACAGGAAGCGCCCAUGUCCCGCUGGCCUGUCGAUACCUGGUCCUGGCUCUCUCCUCCUUCAUCAGUGUGUACUAGCAGAGGCCGGCGCAGACACAGUGACUGUCCAGAGCAUUUAUGAGUCCUUUUUUUGACAUUGCUGAUGGCUGAAAUCCAAUCUGGUACUGUUUGUUAGAAAGCUGAGGUGGGGAAAUAAUCAGCUUCUGUUUUUUCUUUGUGGGGGAAAAUAUAUUUUUUAUUUUAUUUUAGUUUUUUUUUUUUUUUUUUUUUUUUU